AUGGCGCUUAGCUUCAAGAUGGCCGCCUCCCUCGUCGCCGCCGUCCUCCUCUUGGCCACCCCACAAGCUCGAGGUUGGGCAUUGGAGGACCAUGAGGUGAUGCCGGACGACAUGGUGCUGGUGGAGAAGCCGGCGGAGCAGGUGGUGGCGGCGAUCCCCGGCGGCGCUGGCACAAUAAUGCCGGGGUCGAUCAUCUGCCUGCAGUGCCGGUGUUGCUCCAGGUUGAACCCUGGGAAAUGCCUGAUUACCACCUGCUGCUCUAGCUUGAAUUGCGACCGCGGUGGCAAGUGCAACAACGUGCAGGACAAAUGCGGAUGCGCCGGCUGCGACGUCGCCAACUAG